AUGGAUAUGAGAAGCCAUGAAAUGAUAGAGAGAAGAAGAGAAGACAAUGGCAACAAUGGUGUUAGCAUUACUAAUGAAGAUAAUUGCAAUGGUAACAACAACAACACUCGUGCCUCUUGCAACUCUCAAACCCUAGAUCACCUCCAAUCGAAGUCUCCGUCGUCGUUUUCGAUCUCAGCCGCUAAAUCCAACAUAAGGUACCGGGAGUGUCUCAAGAACCACGCGGCGAGCGUCGGCGGUAGCGUUCACGACGGAUGCGGCGAGUUUAUGCCGAGCGGUGAGGAAGGAACAAUCGAAGCUCUCAGAUGCGCUGCUUGCGAUUGCCACCGUAAUUUUCACCGGAAAGAAAUCGACGGCGUCGGAAGCUCAGAUGCAAUCGCUCAUCACCGUCAUCACCACCACUACGGAGGAGGAGGAGGGAGAAGACCGCCUCCUCCGAACAUGAUGCUUAACCCACUCAUGCUUCCUCCGCCGCCGAAUUACGCUCCGAUGCACCACCACAAGUACGGAAUGAGUCCUCCCGGAGGAGGAGGAAUGGUGACGCCGAUGAGCGUCGCUUACGGCGGCGGAGGAGCUGAGUCGUCGAGUGAAGAUCUGAAUAUGUACGGACAAUCGAGCGGAGAGCAUAUAGGAGGAGCUGGUACGGCGGCGCAAAUGGCGUUUUCGAUGUCGUCGAAGAAACGAUUCAGGACCAAGUUCACGACGGAUCAGAAGGAGAAGAUGAUGGAAUCGUACUUGUAA